AUGCCGGGACCGCCCGAGCGGCGUUCUCGUCUAACGCUUAUUCAUAGGGAGAUAAAUAAGCACGGUCAGUUUGAAUUCGUUCACUAUUAUGAUCGGAUGUUUUGUGUACCUUAUUUUUACUACGUGAUGGCUUUGGUUUCUGAAAGUGUUAAUUCUAUUAUUAUGGCAGACGAGCCUGGACCGUCAAAGAGGGUGAAGUAUAAUAAAAGGGAAGAAAGACUAACUGAUGAAGAGUUGUUAGCUCUUUUAGAAGAGUCGGAAAGUGAAAACGAUCCAUUUGAAAAUAGCUCCGACGAGGACCCUGAUUACUCAACCGAAAACGAGGUUAGCGAGUCCGAAGAUGAAGAUCUUCCUUCUUUUCCAAAAGUCCUUCCCCCUCCUCCUGCCCCUGUGAAUUCUCCUCCACCCUCUUUACCAAAUAUUCAAGGAAAAUCUAUGGAUUUUUGGACUUUUGCUGAGGUUCCUAGUCAAAAGUUUUCUUUUACAAAGACACCAGGAUUACUAGUCAAUGUUAAUUCCAACGAGCCAAUAGACUAUUUCAACAUUAUGGCCCCAGACGUUUUUUUUGACAUGUUAUGUAGUCGAGCCAAUAAUCAUGCUAUCGACCUAAUUUCACUGGGCAGAGGUGAUGAAGCGCGAAUUACUAGAUGGGUUGAUGUUACUCCAAAAGAAAUGAGAACAUUUUUGGGUUUACUUUUUCAUAUGGGCACAAUUAAAAUUAAUAGAAUGAAUGACUACUGGAAGAAAAACUAUUUAUUUAACCUGACAUGUUUUUCAUCAUUUAUGAGUCGCAAUCGAUUUUUGCUGAUUUUAAGAAGCUUGCAGUUUGAAAACACAGACAGCAACGAACCUCGAACGCAAUUGGGUAAAAUUAUGCCGUUAAUAAAUUAUUAUAAUAAUAAAAUGGUAGAGAUUUAUUACCCAACUAACGAACUGUCCAUUGAUGAAUCUAUGGUGCUGUGGCGAGGCCGUUUAAAAUUUCGCCAAUACGUCAAAGGAAAAAGGCAUAAAUUUGGCAUAAAACUUUAUGUUUUAUGCGAACCUAAAGGCAUCCCACUGAAGAUGCUGGUAUAUGCUGGUUCAGCAGAUACAGAGUUAUCUGGUGAACGGCAUACAGAAAAAGUUGUGUUAGCUUUAAUGGCGGAGAAAUUGGACAACGGUCACUCGCUAUAUAUGGACAAUUUCUACAAUAGUGUAAAACUUGCCGAGGAGUUGCUUACCCGAAAAACAUAUGUAACUGGAACACUCCGGUCUAACAGAAAAGGGAAUCCUCAAGAAAUAAUUAAAAAAAAACUAAAAAAGGGCGAGUUAGUUGUUCAGCACAAUUCGCAAGGGAUUUGCGUGGUGAAAUGGAAGGACCGUCGUGAAAUUCUGGCUAUAUCCAGCCAAUAUGGUGGGCAACUUGAAAAAGUGACAACUCAGCGUGGUCAAGAAAAAUUAAAACCUGCAAUGAUAAAUAAGUAUAAUCAAUUCAUGGCAGGAGUGGACCAUUGUGACCAAAUGCUUUCUUAUUAUUCUUGUGAGCAUAAAACCCUCAUAUGGUACAAAAAAUUAGCCAUACAUAUAUUUCAAAUGAUGUUGCUCACUUUAUUUUACCUUUACAAGCAAGGACAUCCUAACAAUAAGAAAAACCUCUAUGACUUUAGAUUAUCUAUAAUUGAAAAACUACUAGGACCCCUUCCAACAGAGCCGUUGCCAAAAAUUAGAAUAACACAUCUUCCUGAAUUAUGCCCUAAACCUGAUGGAGAGAAUACUAGAGUCAAACGGAGAAGAUGGAAGGAAAUAAAACAUUUUUUACAUUUCGCGAACAAUAACGAUGCUAUGGCUGCCGGUAAUCCUAGUCAGGAUAAAAUUUUCAAAAUCAGCAGAGAGCAGCCACUCAAAGUUUCAAAAGAGGAGUUUUUAGCUAUAGAUGAGCAGAUAAUUCCUACAAAAGCGCAAAAACUCCACAAAUGA